AUGUGCAUCCCACAUCUUGAGAUUUUCACAGAAAAGAGAGAAGUCGAAGCGGACGUUGCUACUGGUGCUCGUGUAGCUCAGAAGAAGAACAAGAACGCUUCACCGGUUUCAAGUGUUCCCGCUACCAUCGGUUCCAGAGGCUCGAAGGAGAUUAAAUUCCCAAUCGUCGUUGUUACUCAACCCGUUAAUUGUUCUCGGUCUUCCUCCUCCUCUUCUAGUUCUUCUUCUCCAUCCUCCUCCUCUACUUCUUCUCCAUCAUCAUCAUCCUCCAGCGCCCGGUCCUCCACAGAUUCUUCUUCGUCAAGUUCAUCAGACAACAGCAAGAAGAAAGAAAGUAAAAAGGACAGAAAAUACAGAUACCCUUCCAAAUCCUCCCGUCGGCCAUCAAAUCGUCUCAACGUCGGUCAUUAUAAGACUAAUACUGACGGCCCAAAAUUACGUCCGAUGACCGCUAGCGAUCUGUGGCAGGUUGCCGCGGGGCAUAAGACUAUUCAUAGACUUACCCCGGCCAACGGAUCUGGUGCCCCAUUGGACUGUUUGAGCGAUAAUGGAACGGAUGAAGGGUUUGUGGGUGUCUGUGGGUGUGUGAGGUGUAUUGAGAGACAUGUGAGGAAGAACAGUGGUAGCAAGAAGAAACAUGAUGAUGAUAAGGAUAAGAAGGACAAGAAGGAGAAAAAGGACAGUAAAGACAAAAAGGAGAAAAAGGAUAAGAAAGACAAGAAGGAUAAAAAGGAUAAGAAAGACAAGAAGGACAAGAAGGAUAAGAAGGACGAGGACGGUUGGGGCAACGGAUGGGAUGAUGACUCGAAAAAGGAAACCGGCGGAGACGCCUGGGGGGGCGAUGAUAAGAAGUCUAACGGGGACGGAUGGGGUAAUGACUCUGGUUGGGGAAACAAUACAAAAGAAUCAAGUGGAGGUGGAUGGGGAGGCAGCAAUAACGGCUGGGGAGAUGAAAAGAAGAACUCUAGUGGAUGGAGCGACGACAACAAAAAGAAGAAAGAUGAAAAAGAUGACGGGUGGGACAAUGACAAAGAUAAGGUGACUUGGGGCGAUGAGAAAGAAGUCGUCAACAGCGAUGACGGCUGGGGUAAUGAUGAUAAAGACGACAAGAAAGGAAAAAAGGGAAAGAACCAAGGUGGGAACAAAAAAGGGAAGAAAGGAAAUAAGACGGACGACGAGGCUGAAAAGAGUGGGAACGAAAAGAAGGGGAAGGGGGGUAAGGACAAGAAGGGUAAUGCCCCAGGGAAACAUAACGUCCACAGCAAGCAUCACCAUCAUCACCAUGAAGAUGAUAGCACCAGAGCCAUUACGGUUCGCAUCGACGGUGAUUUCCCCGAAGUUAUUAACGAAGAGGGAUCGGAAAUCACGCCCCUUGAUUCGGCUCACUCCCCCGGCAGCUUUAGGGACACGAUACCUCAUAUUACCAUUGCCACCAAGUCUCCGGGCUGCGCCUGUGGCGGGUCAACUACAACGUCUAGUGUCAGUAGCACGACCACCUGCCCCAGUUGCUACAUUAAACAGCAAACCCCGCGAAACUAUGUCCAAGAUCUUCAAGGUCAUUGGUAUAGAUUUGCUCCCGGUAUCGACGUAGAUACCUAUGAUAAAGAUGAUAUCUUUAGAGGCUCGGACGGCCGGGCAUACAGACGUAUCUCAUCAAAGAAGGUCCCAGAGGAGGAGUUCUACCAUAGCAGAAGAAACCAUGGCGAACACUAUGGAAGCCGUCAUCACACUCACCAUCAACCUCCACCUCCACUGGGUGCUACCAAAGGUCAAAAUUACUACCCAUCACAUGUUCCUGCUACUGGUUUUAUGAAAUUUAAGAAAGUGUUCAAUAAACCUCAACAAGACCCUCGAGCAGCAUACCAGGCCGCUGGCGCCGUACCAGUCUAUGGUAUUCCAGUUCAGCCGAAUGCUCACCACGGUAGAGGGUCUCGAUGGCAAGGCAUGUUCCGCCUUUUUACAAGUAGUAGCAAUGGCCGUUCGACCAGGCACGGAAAUACACACCAUCACUACAAAGUCGACCCAACAUCUUCGUACGAUGGCAAGAGUAGAAGCCACUUCAGUGGGUACAGACCACCAGAUGGACAAGAUGGCUACGGACGACGCGGGGACUAG